AUGGUGGAUCCCCAACGCACCUCAUCCCCCAGCUUGGGGACCACCUUUACCAACUUCUUGCGCACCCAAAAGGCAGUUCUCCUGAUAGCUGAGAUUAUAUUCUGCAUAGUGGUUCUGUGCUACUUCCGUGCCGCAGAAUACUACCACCUGUCAAAGGCUGAGUUGGUCCUUGGUAUUUUCUUCUUUAUCGUCUACUCAGGUGGCCUGCAAAACAACAUAUCCUGGAUCAUCUGGCCCUGGUGUGAUUUCCUCCGAAGCUUUGCAGCAGCGAUUUUCUACCUGAUCACCUCCAUUCCUGCCCUUUCUUUGAAAGGAAGCCGCUCUGCAACCAUCGAAGGGGUUAUGGGCCUAUUCGCUGUAUGCCUCUUUGGCUAUGAUACGGCUAUCUCUUUCCCCUUGUGGCAGUAA